CCCUCUUUAAAGCCGAAGGGUCCCAAUUUCCCAACGCGUUCGAACCAAAAUAAUUUCUUCUGCUUCCGUGCCGCCUAUUGCUUUUCCGCAAAGUGUUCCCUCUGCACGCGCAGAAAUACGAUAACGCAAAGCAUUAUGAAUUGCAACGAGAUCCAGCAGGGCACGAAAGGGUCGCGGUACCUCAUCAAGCGGCCCAAGGCGCUGCAAUGGUUCAACAACGGGCGCCUGGAAAAGGCGAGCGACGAGGAGCGCCAGGCCGGCCGCUUCGAGCUAUUUCUCGAUUUGUUGUAUGUUGCCAUUGUUGCCAACUUUAGCGAGGAGCUCGCAGAGCAUGCCGACGGCAAACACCUCGCCAAGUACAUUCUCAUCUUCGUCCCGGCUUGGCACAUCUGGUCGGACCUGCGUGAGAUUAUGAACUCGUACUACACUGACGACCUGGUUCAGCGCAUCAUCAUCCUCUGGGUCAUGUCUCUGCUUGUCCUGUACGCCAACGCUGCCAAAAAGGUCGACGACGACAUCUCAGCCAUGCGCACCGCUGCUGGCGCAUACCUUACCGCGCGCUUCACGAUUAUGAUUACCUUUAUCAUCUGCUCCUUUGCUAGUUUUCAGCACCGAUUUCAGGCGCGUGUCAUGGCUGGCUUCAUGUUUAUCGGCUUACUCAUCGCCAUCCCGCUAUUCUUCGAGUCGGUCAGCAUCCAGGCCAAGAUUGCAGUUGUUGCCGUCCUCAUCGUCUACCAGGAGAUAACCUGGGCGCUUGCGUUAAGCCCCUUUAUGAAGCGCAUUCUGAAGCUCCAGUACGGAACGGCUGUGGACAUUGCCCACGAGAUUGACCGCCUUGCGGCCUUCUUCAUCAUCAUCCUGGGCGAGUUUGUGCUCGUUGUGAUUCUGGGUGAUCCAGCAGGCGUGGGUCUUACAGCUGGCUACGGCAAGGCUAUUUGCACACUGGGCAUUGCGUUUUCGCUCAAUUGGCUCUAUGUCAGCGGCGAUGGAAGCAUGGAAGCAACACAUCCUAUUCGUCGAUCUGUGGCGACGGCGUUUGGCUUCUUCCUGCUGCACAUCCCACUAUCCAUGUCCUUUUUGAUUGCUGGCCAUGUGGCGGCUCUAAGCGUGCAGUUUGACGAGUUUGAAGGUGGCCAAGCCUGGCUCAUGUGCGGCGGCUUUGCUGUUGGCCUCUUCUGCUUGUGGGUGUACGGCAUGUUGUUCCGCGAUGAAGACGGUCUUAUCCUGUUGAUGCGAAAGCCCAUACGCAUGAUUAUGCGUCUUGUUGUCUGCAUCAUCUUUGCCUUGCUUCCUCUUGCUGAGGAACAUCUCAACUGUACAAAGUUUAUGGGUAUUUCCGUGGCACUCUUUAUUUUCCUGCUUAUUUGGGAGACGGUAGGCAGUCUGCUUAAGGGCGCUCAAUUGUAUGAGCCAUGGAUGGAUCGCAACCCGCCUGCUGGUACCAACAAUGGAUGUGAGACUUCCAAGGCCUGAUUAUAUAGGCCUGUAAUUUAAUUUCAAGAUACCUAGACUUUCCAAAGUCUCUUACCAUAAUAAACACCACUACCACUGUAGUAACCUUGAUAGCUUCUACCGUA